AUGGGUAAUUGUUCUUCUUGUCUUGGUUUGGAUCGUGAUAGAGAUUCGUCGGACGAGGGUGAAGAUCAAAGGUUACUUUUCGAUGAUGCACAUCCCCAUCAUUAUGGCAGUUUCGGGGACCAAAAUUCAAAUAUCAUCCAAGCAGAUCCACUAGAAGUUCAAAGGGAGACGGAGGCCUUACAAAAGGUCGUAGCGCAGACGUCCAAUCAUCUGGUCGAUAUCUUUGCCCUGGUCCCUCCAAACGCUGAUCUCGCACCCGUCACCAUGUACAAUGGUCAAGAUGCAAGACUGUUGCGGUAUCAAGAAGUUCUAGCCAAGAUGCCAUCACAGGACAAAUCGAGCAAUACAAAACCAACCCCCGUCGAAGGUACCCACCCAAUUUCCGAUGGUUGGAUAUCGGAUGAUGAAGAUGUGGAGGAAAUGAAGAAGUACAAGCCGGUCAAAUCAGAAGACGUGGGACCAUUAUUAGGAGGGUUUGCAGAUGCAGAGUCGGCCAUGGAGUAG